UUAAAGAAAUAAAUAUGUCUGGAAUUUAUGCUGUUUGCAAACCCCUAAGCUUGGAAAUCUUAAAAAGAAAAGGAAGGUUUAUUUGGUUCGAUCUUGAGAAUAAAAAGAUCCCUGUGGCUAUUAUUUGCAUUUUCGAAUUUUUCAUCCCAAAAUCAAUCGUGUUUUCAGGAGUCUAUAAAACUCGGUCCCUGUACGUCCCCUUCUUCCCCCGCUCAAGUCAGCUCGACGAGCUCUUUUGAACCUUGUAUAAUCGUGAAAUCUGGUAGGCCACCAAAACCCUCAACAACUC